GAACACGUCGUUGACACCGGAAAUCCUCAAAUCACUGCGGACCCAAAACACGAUACGAGCUCAUAUAUAAAGUACACCAACGCCACCCUCAAUAACAUCCCCUUUCUUUCUCUCAAUUCUCCAGCAACAUGACGAUAUAUUACUCGCUUACCUUCAUGCUGCUUGCAGCAGAGAUGGUCACAUUUUGUCUGCUCGUUUCGCCAAUUCCUUAUACAAUUCGCAGAAAGCUAUUCCGUUUUCUCUCUGAAAGUCCCACUGUGGCCAAAGUGGCUUAUGCAUUGAAGAUAUCUUUUAUUUUCGUCGGGAUCUUGUUUGUUGAUGCCGUUCAGCGCAUGUUCCGUGUCACUGCCGAAUCUGAAAUGGUGAAGUCCGGUGGCCAAGGCAUGCAAGACGUCAGGACAGAGACAAAUUUCGCUGCUCGAAAGUUCUACGCCCAGAGAAAUACUUACCUCACUGGAUUCUGUCUCUUCCUGUCCCUUGUUCUUACUCGCACAUUCUACAUACUUUUGGACCUUAUCCACACACAAGAGCAAUACGCCAAGCUCAAGAAAGAGACCGCAAGUAACUCCCGUGAAACGCUCGCUUCAGGAGAUCAAACUAAAAAAGUCGAAGAACUCCAAAAGAAGUUGGCUGCCAGCGAAGCACAACAACGCGAUUUUGAUACGCUCAAGAAGCAAGCUUCCCAACAAGCCGCCGAGUUUGACAGGUUGGCAAGCAAGUACAACGAGGCUACUGGUGCCUCGUCCAACAAAAAGUCAGACUAGUUUGUUCUACGGAUCACGAGGCUUUCGAGUAUGCUAUUUUUGGGCCCUCAAACACGAACAAGUUCUAUUCAGUUGUGCGGUUCUCAAAGUAAAUCAGCUACCAGGCUUCAGUUGGAUGCUUUCCUAGUCUACUCAUGUUUGCUAGCCUACUAGAUUUAAUCAAGUUUGAUACAGC